GAUGGCCUGGAAAAUCGAAAAUAAUUUUUGAAAUACCUAUUUUCCUGCUUUGGUUACAUGAUGGUUUUCUGUAAAAUGUCAUUUCUUUUUGGAAAAAUCGUCAGUCGAUACAGAGUGACUCAUUUAGUAAAAAACUACGUUACUGUCUGGACCGAUGCAUAUCCAAGAGUUGCAUCACAUGCUUGCUGGGAUAAAUACAAUUACGUAGGGUUGCUCCCACAAAGAACGUUGAGUUCGGUACAAGAAACGAAAAAAGACGAACAUUGUAAUGUUGGGACCAUCGGGCACGUGGAUCAUGGUAAAACUACACUCACGGCCGCAAUUACCAAGGUGCUAUCGCAGGAUGGCACAACCAGCUACGUUUCGUAUGAUCAAAUCGACCGCGCACCAGAGGAAAAGGCCAGAGGAAUAACAAUAAAUGCAGCCCACAUCGGUUACAAAACGGAAAAACGACACUAUGCACACACUGACUGUCCGGGGCAUGCUGAUUACGUCAAAAACAUGAUAUCCGGAGCGUCCCAGAUGGAUGGUGCCAUACUAGUCGUGGCAGCCACCGAUGGUCAGAUGCCGCAAACCCGGGAACACUUACUGUUAGCGCGCCAGGUCGGCGUUAGCAAAAUAGUAGUGUUCAUCAACAAAGCCGACCAGGUCGACGAUGAAGUGCUGGAGUUGGUGGAAAUUGAACUGCGUGAACUGUUGUCCGACUUCGGCUUCGAUGGAGUGGAAAGUCCCAUCGUUGUAGGCUCGGCACUGCUUGCUUUGCAAGGUGACCAGUCGGCACUUGGUGAACCUUCAAUUCGGAAACUGCUGGACGCAAUCGAUUCGUACAUUCCGACACCGACGAGAGACCUGACGUCUCCGUUUUUGCUUCCGAUCGACAAUGCGUUUACCGUACCCGGUCGGGGCACGGUCGUAGUCGGAACAUUGGCCCGAGGGAUAAUGAAGAAAAAUGAGGAAGCCGAACUGCUUGGUUUCGACGAGGAAAUUCGCACCACCAUCGGAGGUAUGCAGGUGUUCAAAAAAGACGUCGGCGAAGCAAAGGCCGGUGACAAUAUUGGGGCACUGCUCCGGGGUGUAAAGCUACAGUCUGUCCAACGAGGGAUGCUCCUUUGUGCCGCUGGAAGUGAGAGAGUUUCGAAUCACUUUGAAGCAUCGAUGUAUUUGCUGGCUAAAAACGAGGGUGGCCGUUCCAAACCGCUUACCUCCAAGUACAUUCAGCAGCUGUUCAGCAAAACUUGGAAUGUACCCUGUCGAGUAGAUCUUGUAGGACAGGACAUGCUGAUGCCCGGUGACCACGGUGCUAUUAAAUUAACAUUGCUCAGGAAAAUGGUCAUGUCUUGCGCUCAGUCAUUUACGGUAAGAGAGAACGGCAAAACGGUGGCAACUGGUUUAAUUACCAAAGUGCUUAGCCCUGUAAACUUACCACAAAAGAAGCUAAUCAAGCUGGAGCUCGAAAAUUGAUUACAAUAAAGAAAAGGAGUUAC